CUGGCGAUAAUAAUGGCCGUAAUUGUGGCAGUUACAAUUAUAUUGAUGUGGUCAGCGAGCGUAAUUAUUCGAUAGUCUCAGCUGGUGACACUGAGAGCGGGCCCUGCCCGUGCUCUGUAUCCUCAACAGCGUCAGACAGUGCGAGCGGCUGCUUGGAGUCUCCCUUUAUAAUGAAACGCAUUGUCGCGUGUACUGACUGUGCACAUCGACAGGGUCGCCUCGGUCUCAAUGGCUUGGGAGAGAAUAGGCAGCCAGAAAAAACUAUUGGAUUUAAUCUGAUCAACGAGACCCAUUUUUUAAGUGUAAAAACAAAGCGCGAUAUCGAAGUAGCUACAGAGAGGGGGGAGGGAUUUUUUGUCUCUCGGCCUGACCGCAGGAGUCUGGUGGAGAGACCACGGUCUUGGGUAAAGGCGGGUAGAUCUGUCCCGACCGAAGAGUCACUCCGAGAGAUUCAACCCGUAAUAAUUUGGCUUGUAGCCCACUACAGGUGUCCCAAAUAUGACGCGACAUUGAGUAAUCUAGAUACCCAGAUCCCUCCCACCUCGGAAACCAGCCAGCUCUUUAAUCUCUACAAAAUUAUCACAAAGGAAAUCAAUGAAAAGCCUGCCACUGUUCCUGCUACACGAACCGCCCAUUAUAUGUCUACUGGUAAUGCUGUAACUCAGUCCUUUGUAGUGUAUCCUUUCUCUCACUCUAUGGACACCCCCAUAAAGCUCAGAACGUCUACCAUUAUUGUUCCUUAUACUCUACCGUUGACUCUCGUCGCUGUGAUCGAAACUGAUAUUACUGAUGAUGUCACCACAAUAAGCCACACUGUAACUUUUACGUUCAAUCUGACCACACGAUCCAACGUUCGGGUGCAGUUGGAUCGCUUUGAUGACUCAAGCCAGUCAGAACUUCCAGCGCAAUGGACAGCUCCCGUCAUGAGCGUGUUUCCUAUAUUGUUGGAAAAAUCCUCGGAUUUGGCUACAGAUUCAGACAUAAUAAUUUGGAGGAAUACAAAUAACAAUAACAACAACAAUAACAACAACAAAAAAUACAAAGAAGAUACUGAUGACCACAAUUUGAGCGAUGCAGGUUUGGGUGUAGACGGCCAGCAGCGAGCGCCUCCAUGUGAACAUUCCCUGCUGUCACAGCCGAAGCAGGUCCCUUCGGAGGGCUACCACGCCGAUACGAACAGCAUAAUUCGCAAUUUCUUAAAUACCGAUCUAGACCUCGUGCCCCAGCAAUUAAAACCCGGUGAAUUAGAGGCUUCACAUUACACUAGCGUCAGUCAACAGGAAGAGCAGCUGGGCAGCGACACCGAGGGGCGAGGUCGACAAGAAAGGGAGCGAGAGAGGGGGUUGAGAACCAGUCAGGCUGGAGACAGAGAGAGGGAAAGACAGACAGGGAGUGAGUGGCAGGUUCGAGAAAAAACAAAGGAAAUGAAAUGGAUAAAUAAGAUUGUGCAAAGAGAGGUAGAGGAUGACCACAACAAUAGUACACAGAAUGAGAGAGUAAAACAAAAGGACAAAGGCAGAUGGAGGGAGAGGGGUGAGAUUACAGACAGAAAGGAAGAUGAAGAGAGAGAGGGAGGUGUGCAUAAAGAGAGAGGUGGAGGUGAGGGGGAGAUGUCUGUGAAUGAUGAGGAGAGAUUGAUAGAGGAAGAGAGGAACACAGAGAAGGAGAAUCUGUCAGGUGCCCUUAGUCGGGCCCGGCGGGCCACAAACAGGCACCCCCAUUUCUCUCAGUAUAACUAUCAGGUGCAGGUGGCAGAAAACCAGCCACCAGGCACCUCUGUGAUUGCCAUGACAGCACAAGACCCUGACUCUGGGGAGGCUGGGCGUCUCAGCUACAGCAUGGCACCACUCAUGAACAGUAGGUCUAUGGACUUCUUCCACAUGGAUCCCACCACUGGCCUGAUGACAACCACACAGGUUCUGGACCGAGAACACAUGGACCUGCACUACUUCCGUGUGACUGCAGUGGACCAUGGCUCACCACGCCUCUCUGGGACCACCAUGGUAGCCAUCACAGUGUCAGACCGCAAUGACCACUCACCUGUGUUUGAGCAGAGUGAAUAUCGUGAGACCAUACGUGAGAAUGUGGAGGAGGGUUACCCCAUUCUCCAGCUGCGUGCCACUGACCUUGAUGCCUCUUCCAAUGCUAACAUCCGUUAUCGCUUUGUGGGUGAUGCUGCAGCUGCAAGGGCAGCCUUUGAGAUUGACCCCCGGUCAGGACUCAUUGCUACACGUGGCCUAGUGGACAGGGAGAGCACAGAGCGCUACACCCUGCAGGUGGAGGCUAGUGACCAGGGAAAGGAGCCUGGUCCACGCUCUUCCACAGUCAGGGUUUACAUCACUGUGUUGGAUGAGAAUGACAAUGUGCCCCAGUUCAGCGAGAAGCGCUAUGUGGUCGCCGUUCGUGAAGAUGUGCGACCGCACUCAGAUAUCUUGCGUGUCAGUGCCUCUGACCGUGACAAAGACAGCAAUGCAGCAGUCCAUUACAACAUCAUCAGUGGAAACAGCCGGGGCCAAUUUUCUAUUGACAGUGUCACAGGGGAGAUCCAGGUGGUUGCACCCCUGGAUUUUGAGGCAGAGCGGGAGUACACUCUAAGGGUGCGGGCACAAGACAAUGGCCGCCCACCACUGUCUAAUAACACAGGCAUUGUAAGUGUGCAGGUGACUGAUGUCAAUGACAACCCACCCAUUUUUGUUUCUACUCCAUUCCAGGCCACAGUACUUGAGAGUGCCCCUAUAGGCCACUCAAUUUUGCACAUCCAAGCCAUCGACACAGACUCAGGGGAUAAUGCCCGACUAGAGUACCGCCUGAUAGGCACGAGUCCUGACACGCCCUUUGUGAUUAAUUCGGCCACGGGCUGGGUAACUGUAAGCUCUGAGCUGGAUCGGGAGGCAGUGGAGCACUACUUCUUUGGAGUGGAAGCCAGAGACUAUGGAGCUCCACCCCUCUCAGCCUCUGCCAGUGUCACCAUUACAGUGAUGGAUGUCAAUGACAAUCGGCCUGAAUUCCUUCAGAAAGAGUACUUUGUUCGUCUAAAUGAGGAUGCAGCUGUGGGCACUAGUGUGAUCAGUGUGACCGCUGUUGACCGUGAUGUCAACAGUGCUGUCACCUACCAAAUCACAGGUGGUAAUACACGCAACCGUUUUGCUAUAAGUACAGCAGGUGGGGCAGGGCUGGUUUCAUUGGCUCUGCCGCUUGACUACAAGCAGGAGCGUCGUUACAUCUUGACUGUGACUGCUUCUGACCGUACGCUGCAUGACACUUGUCAAGUACAUGUAAACAUCACUGAUGCUAACACACACCGGCCUGUCUUCCAGAGUGCACACUACUCUGUGAGUGUGAAUGAAGAUCGGCCACCGGGCAGCACAGUUGUAGUUAUCAGUGCCACAGAUGAGGAUGUUGGAGAGAAUGCUCGCAUCACUUACUUCUUGGAGGACAACAUACCUCAGUUCCGAAUCGACCCUGCAAGUGGUGCCAUUACACUGCUCACAGAGCUUGACUAUGAGGACCAGAUGACCUACACACUGGCCAUCACUGCACGAGACAAUGGGAUCCCACAAAAGUCUGACACUACCUAUGUGGAGGUGAAUGUGAAUGAUGUGAAUGACAAUGCACCCCAGUUCCUAAGCCCACGGUACCAGGGAACAGUUAGCGAGGAUGCUCCACCCUUCACCAGUGUGCUGCAGAUCUCUGCAACUGACCGCGAUGCACACGCCAAUGGUCGUGUACAAUACACUUUCCAAAAUGGUGAGGACGGAGAUGGUGACUUCACCAUUGAGCCCACUUCAGGCAUUGUGCGCACCGUCCGGCGUCUGGACCGUGAAAGCGUGCCAUUCUAUGAGCUGACAGCCUAUGCUGUUGACCGUGGUGUGCCCCCUCAGCGUACUCCUGUGCACAUCCAGGCCACGGUGCUGGAUGUGAAUGACAAUGCACCCGUCUUUCCAGCUGAUGACUUUGAGGUUCUGGUUAAGGAGAACAGUGUAGUGGGAUCUGUGGUGGCGCAGAUCACAGCCACUGACCCAGAUGAGGGUCCAAAUGCUCAGAUCAUGUACCAGAUUGUGGAGGGAAACAUUCCAGAGAUCUUUCAGAUGGAUAUCUUCUCUGGGGAGCUUACUUCGCUUAUUGACCUGGAUUAUGAGACACGUUCUGAGUAUGUAAUUGUGGUGCAGGCUACAUCUGCCCCCCUGGUCAGCCGUGCCACAGUAAGGAUCCGACUGGUAGACCAGAACGACAAUGGGCCUUUGCUGCAGGACUUCCAGAUCAUCUUUAACAACUUUGUGUCAAACCGCUCCAACAGCUUUCCAAGUGGGGUGAUUGGGCGAGUGCCCGCCCAUGACCCAGAUGUCUCGGACCGACUGCACUACUCCAUUGAGCAUGGAAAUGAGCUGCACCUCCUGCUGCUCAAUCACAGCAGUGGAGAGAUUCGGCUCAGCCGCAAACUGGACAACAAUCGACCUCUCAUUGCCAAUAUGAUGGUCACUGUCACAGAUGGAAUCCAUAGUGUGUCAGCGCAGUGUGUUCUCAGGGUUCUGAUCAUUACAGAGGACAUGUUAAGCAAUAGCAUCACCGUGCGCCUGCAGAACAUCUCCCAGGAGCAUUUCUUGUCCCCGCUGUUGGGUCACUUUCUAGAGGGUGUGUCUGCCGUGCUCUCUGUUCCACCAGAGGACAUCUUUGUAUUCAAUAUCCAGCCGGAUGGUGAGGCAGGAGGUGUCCUGAAUGUCAGUUUUUCAGCUGCCCUGCCAGGGGGGCACUUCUUCCCCUCGGAGGCACUGGAGGAGCAGCUGUACCUGAACCGGCCCCGUCUCACCUCUCUGGCUCAGAUGGAGGUGCUUCCAUUUGAUGACAAUGUGUGUCUACGUGAGCCGUGUCAGAAUUACAUGAAGUGCAUCUCCGUAUUGCGCUUCAAUAGCUCCGCCCCAUUCAUCUCCUCCCCUACCAUCCUAUUCCGGCCAAUACACCCGAUUGCUGGCCUACGCUGUCGCUGUCCAGCUGGUUUCACUGGAGAUUACUGCGAGACUGAGAUCAACCUUUGCUACUCCAACCCCUGUCUGAACGGGGGUGUGUGUGCUCGCCGAGAGGGAGGGUACACCUGUAUCUGUCGUGAAAACUACACAGGAGAGAACUGUGAAUGGGACAGCAAACACGGUCGCUGUGUUCUGGGGGUGUGCCGGAAUGGAGGAACAUGUCGGGAGGAAUCGAAGGGGGGUUUCCACUGCGAAUGCCCUGCUGGGGGGUAUGAGCGCCCUGACUGUGCUGUCACCACACGUUCCUUCCCUCCCAAAUCCUUCAUCAUGUUCCACGGUCUCCGCCAGAGGUUUCACCUCACCGUCUCCCUUUCAUUUGCCACACUAGAGAGCAGAGGCCUCCUGCUGUAUAAUGGCCGUUUUAAUGAGAAGCAUGACUUCCUGGCACUGGAGAUCCUUGACGGGCAGGUGCAGCUCACAUACUCCACAGGUGAGUCAUCCACCCAGGUGAACCCUUACCUACCAGGAGGCGUGAGCGAUGGCGACUGGCACACCAUUCACAUCCACUACUACAAUAAGCCAAAGCAGAGCAUCAGUGGAGAGGGGAAGGGUCCAUCAGAUGAAAAGAUGGCAGUAGUCAGUGUGGAUGACUGUGACACAGCUAUGGCUCUGAGGUUUGGUCAUCAGCUUGGAAACUACAGCUGUGCGGCCCAAGGCAAGCAGAGGAGUUCCAAGAAGUCUCUGGAUCUUACAGGACCCCUGUUUCUGGGGGGAGUCCCUAAUUUGCAAGAGAAUUUCCCUUUUGUGACUCGAGAGUUUAUUGGCUGUAUAAAGGACCUUCACAUCGACAACCGUCCUCUGGAUCUGGCUGGCUACAUCGCUAACAAUGGUACCCUCCCUGGUUGUAGUGCUAAGCUUCCCUUCUGCAAGUCAAACCCCUGUCAAAAUGGAGGGACAUGUCGAGUGAGUUGGGAAACAUUCUCAUGUGACUGCCCCUUAGGAUUUGGAGGGAAGGACUGCAGCCAUGUGAUGCCUCACCCUCACCGUUUCCGGGGAAACAGCGCCCUCUGGUGGGACCUGAAAAAUGAUGUCACAAUUUCCACUCCCUGGUACCUGGGCUUGAUGUUCCGCACUAGGGGGCGAGAGGGGGUGCUGCUGCAGGCGCAGGCUGGACAGUAUACCAGCUUGUUAUUCCAGCUGGCUGGGGGUCAGCUGCUCUUCUUGAUCAGUCGUGGGUCGACACGAGCAGCACGUCUGCGUCUGGACCAGGUUCAAGUGAGUGAUGGACGCUGGCACGACCUGCAGUUGGAGCUGAGAGAUGUCCGCAGUGGCUCUGAAACUCGCUAUGUGGCUACUGUUCGUCUUGAUUUUGGCCUUUUCCAGGGUACAGUGAUUGUGGGUAAUGAACUGCAUAGUCUGAAGGUGAAACACCUGCAUGUGGGUGGAGUUCUGGGAGCAGGGGAGGUACAGAAUGGGAUGAAGGGCUGCAUCCAGGGUGUACGUUUGGGGGUUAGGCCUGAUGCCCCUCCCCUGCCCCGACCAACUCGAGCUGUGAAGGUAGAGGUGGGAUGCAAUGUAGGCAACCCCUGUGCUUCCUCCCCUUGCCCUGCCCAUAGUCAUUGUGCUGAUCAAUGGGAACGCCACUCCUGUGUAUGUGAGCCAGGUUUCUAUGGUAAGGGCUGCACAGAUGCAUGCCAGCUGAACCCGUGUGAGAAUGAGGCACAAUGUCACCGCAAACCCAGCUCCUCCUAUGGCUACAUUUGUGACUGUGGGGACAACCACUUUGGACAGUACUGCCCGUACAGGAUUGACCAGCAGUGCCCUCGGGGGUGGUGGGGUAGUCCAACAUGUGGACCAUGCCACUGUGAUGCAAAUAAAGGCUUUGAUCCUGACUGCAACAAGACCAGUGGUCUCUGCCUCUGCAAGGAGUUCCAUUCCGGUCCUCGGGCUAGUGACACUUGCCUACCUUGUGAUCUGCUACCCUGUGGGUUCUUCUCACGUUCUAGUGACCCAGAAAGUGGUCAAUGCCAGUGUCGGCCUGGUGUGAUUGGUCGUCAGUGUAAACACAGUGCGAUAAACCCUUUUGCUGAGGUCACACAGACAGGCUGUGAGGUCAUCUAUGACAGCUGCCCCAAGACCAUCACAUCUGGGAUCUGGUGGCCCAGGACCAAGUUCAGUCUUCCAGCAGCAGUGCCUUGUCCUAAAGGCUCUGUGGGUGCAGCUAUACGGCAUUGUGACAUAGAGAGGGGCUGGCUGGAUCCUGACCUCUUUAACUGCACCUCCCCUCAAUUUGUCGAGCUCAGUGCAUUGUUGGAGUCAGUGGAAAGGAAUGAGACAGAGCUCAGUACCAUCGUGGAGAAGAAACUGGCUCAUCAGCUGCGUGAUGUCACUGAGGCCACAUCUCGUCUCUAUGGCAGCGACCUGCAGAUUGCCGAACGCCUCCUGUCCCGCCUGCUAACUUUUGAGAGUCAACAGACUGGUUUCAGCCUGACAGCCACGCAAGAUGCCCAAUUCAACGAGAAUGUGCUGCGGGGCUGCAGUGCGGUGUUAGGACCUGCCAGUGUGGGACUGUGGAGAGGGCAGAGUGGGGCGGGUGAGCGGGGUGCAGCUAGUUUAGCAGAGCUGCUGGAGCAGUAUGCUCAUACUCUGGCACAGAACAUGAAGCUGACCUACCUGAAUCCUGUGGCCCUUGUGGCCCCCAAUAUUGUUAUGAAUCUGGACCGUGUGGAGAACCACACUCAUGUUCGCAGACGUUUCCCUCGGUACCACAGCAGUCUCUUUCGUGGCCAGGCACUCUGGGACCCUCACUCACAUGUGGUGCUACCCCCUGCUGCACUGGUGCCUCAGCGACCCUCCAUAUCUUCACCCCAUACUCCAGUCAGCGUCUUGACCAAUCAGACGGCAGAGAUGUCUGUACCUAAGCGGUCUUUUUCACUGCCAGAGCCACCUGUAACCAUUGUGAUACUUCUAAUCUAUCGAAGCCUAGGCGCAGCUCUCCCUGCCAAGUAUCACACUGACCGCCGUGGAGUCAGGCUUCCCAGGCACCCUGUGAUGAACUCUCCCAUAAUCAGUGUGUCAGUCUACAAUAAUCAGUCCUUCCUGGAGGGAGUGCUGGAGUCCCCUCUUCUGCUAGAGUUUCGUCUCCUGCAGACCACCAACCGUAGCAAACCCUUGUGUGUGCAGUGGAACUACAGCAGCCCGUUGGAAGUAGGGGGUUGCUGGACAGUCAGGGACUGCAGUGUUGUAUACAGAAACACAACUCAUGUGCGCUGCCAGUGUCAGAGGCUUGGCACCUUUGGGGUACUGAUGGACAGCUCCCAGCGUGAGCAGUUGGAGGGGGAUUUGGAGACGCUGGCAGUUGUGACAUACUCAUCCCUCUCGGUGUCCCUGCUGGCUUUGCUGCUAACGGUGAUAGUCCUCUCCUGCCUCCGAGGUCUGAAGUCCAACACCCGCAGCAUCCACUCCAACAUGGCUGCUGCCAUCUUCCUCUCUGAGCUCGUCUUCUUGUUAGGCAUCAACCAGACAGAGCAGCAGUUCCUCUGCACUGUUAUUGCAAUCCUGCUUCAUUACUUCUUCAUGGCCACCUUUGCCUGGUUGUUUGUGGAAGGGCUGCACAUCUACCGCAUGCAGACGGAAGCACGUAACAUCAACUACGGAACUAUGAGGUUCUACCAUGCUAUAGGAUGGGGUGUGCCAGCCAUCAUCACAGGUCUGGCUGUGGGCCUAGAUCCAGAGGGGUAUGGGAACCCUGAUUUCUGCUGGAUUUCCAUCCAUGACAAGCUCAUCUGGAGCUUCGCUGGACCCGUUGGCAUUGUUAUUGUGAUGAAUGGCGGGAUGUUUUUGAUUGUUGCGCGCAUGUCCUGCAGUCCUACACAGAAGGAGACCAAGAAACAGUCAGUUUUUCCCACUAUACGCAGCGCCAUAAUACUACUUCUCCUAGCCAGCUCCACCUGGUUUUUUGGUCUCAUGGCUGUCAAUAACAGUGUUCUGGCCUUCCACUAUCUCUACACUGUGCUGUGUUGCCUGCAGGGUGUGGUGGUUCUCCUGGUGUUCUGCCUGCUGAAUGCAGAGGUGCAAGAGGCUUGGAAACUCUCGUGUAUGGGAAAGAAGAGUCCAACUGAGGAUCCACCCCACACCACCCAGAUCACUGGUCCAAACCCCUACAAUAGUGCUUCCUUGCUGGAACAGAGUGGAUUGCAUCGCAUCACCUUAGGAACCUCCACUAUAUCCUCAGUCAGCAGUGCAAGAGAGAAUCUUCUGGCCAGACAGACCCUGGAGCAGAACCUGCUGAGUCACACUGGUGCCACUGACCUCGAUGUGGCCAUGUUCCACCGGGAUGGAGGUGAGGACUCCGACUCAGACUCUGACCUCUCUCAGGAUGAGGAGCAUAGUCUGUCCAUUCCAUCCUCUGAAAGUGAGGACAAUGUUCGUCUCCGUGGUCGCAUUCAAAGAAAGUUCAAACGUUCCAAUCACAGUGAGAGGCUGCUCACAGAACCCACCCAUAAUGGCACCAAAGAUCUAGAUGGGAAUGACCUACUCUCCUAUUGGCCAGCACUAGAGGAGUGUGAGGCUCACUCACUACAGAAGUGGGGAUCAGAACGCCGCCUAGGAGCUGACUACAGCAAGGACGCUGCUAACAACAACCAGCCUGAUGCAGCUCUGACCAGUGGAGAUGAGAGUGGGCUAACACAGCCCCACCGGCACCGCAAGGGGAUUCUGAAGAAUCGUUUGGGCUGCCCCCCAGCUCUACAGGGUCUUUCCUCCAUGGGCCGUGUCCCGAGUGAGCUCUCCUGGUACAGAACCUCUACACUGGGUCACCGGGCAGUGCCAGCUGCCUCAUAUGGACGCAUGUACUCUGGAACAGGCUCUCUAUCUCAGCCUGCCUCCCGCUAUUCCUCCCGCGAACAUUUAGAUACAUUGACAAGGCGUCAGAUCUCUCGUGACCCUCUUGGCAGACAGACAGGGGGUGGGUCGCGGGAUCGCCUAGAGCACGCCCUUCCUAGUCAACACGGCUCACGGGAUAACAUUGACCUGCUGCCACGGAGACGUGAGCUAGGUGUGGAGCGAGCAUCCCGGGAGAAUCUCACAAGCUCUCGGGACAAACUGGAUUGCUCCAUGUAUGCAUCCCGUGAGGACCUGGAGGUGGUGCACCCACAGCUUCACACUCUCACACAACGGCAGACCUCACGGGAAAACUUGGGGGGGGCACUGGGGAGCAAUCGAUCUCGGGAGCAGCUGGAGACUAAUGGAGGUGGGGGGGCAGCUCCGUGCAGAGAGUGGCUCCGCACUCUACCCCCCCGCCAGGUCUCACACCCUGAACAGCCCCAUCCCCCCUCUCCCCCACCCCCCAUUGCAGAACAGCUGGAGCCUCAGGACCCUCCCCCUCGACGUGGCAGGCUGGACUCUGCCCCUCCCUGUAGGUAUCCUUCACCUGCCCCGCCCAGUCGACACCCAUCAAAUGAGCACCUGGACAUCCUCUCCUCCAUCCUGGCCUCCUUCAGCUCCUCUGUGCUCGUGCCCCUCACACCCCCCCCACUCGGACCCUCCCCCUCUCCCCCUCACUCUGCUACCUCCCACAGCAUCUCCGAAAUGUCUCCGGACUCUGAAGUCAACAGAAGUGAAGCACAGUCUUGAUGACACACUUUGUAUCCCAGUGAGAAGCACAGCAAAGUGACAAGCAGGACAGGGCCUGAAGAGCUCACAAGACUACUUAAGCAUUCUGCGAUUUAGGAGGACAUCUGGGCACCACAACUGAAAGGAAGUGAGCAUUAAGGAGCAAGGAAUGCGGAUGGGGGUUUGGCUUUGAGAAAUAGAAAAAUAAAAGAUAGGAGGGAGGUACCAUCUUCAGCUUAGUGACUUUUGACCUGGAGCUUCAGACAGGAAGGAAAUGGGUAUCAGUUUAGACAAACAUGUAAAUAUGUUUUUUAUAUAAAUUUUGUAUCUUUUUCAUCAGAGAAAAAAAUCAUUUCUAUUGUGUUGUUUUUAAAUCUGAAGAAAUUGUCCAGAUGAGGGUGUGAGAGAGGCAUGUUAUGGCAUCUGCUUCCUCUAUUAAAAAUCAUUACACUGACUCUGUAACCAUAUUAUGGCUGUUUAAGCAUAACCCUUCUGUAACCUCAGCACAACCAUCUAUUGACUACAUCUCUGUAUAGCUGAUCUCAUUGUCACCAGGGCAGCACUGUGGACUGUGUGUGUGUGUGUUUGCAAUGAUUUGCCGGUAAUUGCUAAUGUCACUCUCUUUCUAACAAGCGUAGCAAUGACGUCUUUGGAGCCAAACAAAUGCCUUGGGGUGGUGGUUUCCAUUUUUCGUGUAUGAGAGUGAAAGCACUGCUGUCACAUAACCUUAGAUUGAACAAACGAGGUGCAUUUGGAAUAAAUACUG